AUGAUAGUCCUAACGCUCAAAGUCCUUGAUAUUGAUGUUUAUAUCCUAGACAAGAAUGCGGCACGCGUCAAAGCAUGGAACUCUGACCAGUUACCGGUCAGCGAGCCCGGACUGCACGCUGUGCUUCAGGAAAUCCGGGGACGUCCUCAACCUAACUUGUUCUUCUCAACCGACCUGAGCGGUGUGGUGCCCAAAGCUGACAUUGUGUUCAUCGCCGUGGAAACGCCCUCCAAGCUGCAAGAUGCUGGCAUCAAUGGGGCUGGUGCAGCUCCAGAUCUCCGGAACUUCAGGGCGGCAGUCAACCAAGUCGGGGAUCUAGUCGCAAAAGACGUCAUCAUUGUGAACAAGAGCACAGUUCCAUGCGGAGCGGCUGAGGAGACGGCGCAAAUCAUGAGGCAGAGCCUUCGGCCUGGCAUAAAGUGUGAGGUUCUCUCCAACCCAGAGUUCCUGGCCGAGGGAACAGCGAUCGAGAACCUCCUCAAUCCAGACCGUGUCUUGAUCGGCUCGUCUUCAGCACCCGGAGGACUCGCUGCCGCGGCCACCUUGAGCGACCUUUACGCUCGAUGGGUUCCACGAGAGCGGAUCGUUACCAUGAGUACCCGCUCCAGCGAGAUGUCGAAAUUGGCCGCAAACAUGCUAUUGUCUCAGCGAAUUAGCAGCAUCAACGCUUUGAGCGCCAUCUGCGACAAGCUAGGGGCAGACAUCACUGAAGUCUCGCGCGCCUGUGGCCUGGAUCCACGAAUAGGACCCAGCAUGCUUCGCGCGUCUAUCGGGUUCGGCGGAAGUUGCUUCAAGAAAGAUGUCUUCCACCUGGCAAGCACGGCACACGCACUCGAGCUCGACGAAGUAGCCGCCUACUUCAAUAGCAUCGUGACUCUCAACGAGUAUCAGACAGAGCGAUACGCAAGAAGCCUCGUCGAGCACAGCCCCACUAUCUACUCGGUGUCGGUGCUUGGGUUUGCUUUCAAGCCUAAUACAGGUGAUACACGCGAGUCGCCAGCAAUUCCAUUCAUACGGUGUCUGAUUAUGAAUGGGAUCUCCGUCAAGGUUUAUGAUCCUCUGGUUACCAAGUCCAGGAUCGUUGGUGCCGUACGAGCGAGCCUGCGCAGCCUUGCAUUUCUUGCAGAUUCUCACCUGACUGUGGCCGAUGAUGUCUAUGAAGCGUGCGAUGGGACGAACGCGGUUGCAGUUCUCAACCCUUGGAAGAGUCUGGAAUAUGAUCCUACCCAAAGAGGUGCUGGUAAGCGUCGAAUAGCCCUUGUCAUCAAACUUUAUCAGACCAAGUUAAGUCUUCUGACGUUGUCCUAG